AUGGCAAAGCCAGUCGCAGGCCACCGUGGUAACUCGACGAGGACGAUCGUCGUCAGCCUAGCCAUCAGCCUUGCUGGGUUUCUGUAUGGCAUCGAUACAGGAAUAAUUGCCUCGACUAUUGCUCAGAAGACCUUCAAAACUUACAUGUAUGGUUCGAGUGCAGAGGAUGCUUCUGUCAGAGCCGGUAUCGUAUCUGGCUAUUAUGCUGGCUACGUUUUCGGUAGCGGCGGCUCGGCUUACACCAUGGAUAAGUUGUCUCGCCGCUGGAGUUUACUCCUCGGUUCGUGUGCAAGUGUUCUUGGUGCUAUACUACAGACUGCCGCUCAAAACCCGGCAAUGAUGAUUGUUGGUCGUGCUUUUUCCGGGUUCUCAACCGGCAUGGUUUACCCAACGGCACCCGUUUACCUUGCUGAGCUGUCCCCUCCGGAGAACCGCGGAUUCCUCGUCGGCCUUAAAGGAUUGAUGAACACACUCGGAUUCUUUGCAGCCGGGUGGAUAGGCUACGCUGGCUCAUUUGCCGUUGUGGCUAUGAAGGAGAGAUAUGACGAGGCCAAAGCCGUUAUGUACUCUCUCCAGGCUCACCGUGGUUCAGAAGUCAUAGAAGCGGAAUUUGCCGAAAUGUGCAGCCAAAUCAGGCUGGAAGCCAACAAGAAGAAGAAGUCCCGGUAUACGACUCUCUUUACUCGCCAAUAUCUGCGCCGUAAUCUUCUAGCUUGCCUAAUCGUCAAUAUGACCAAGCUUUCCGGGUCGAAUAUCAUCCAGAACUACCAGUCCGUCAUGUAUAACUCUCUCGGCUACGAGGGCCGGACCGUACUCCUCAUUGGAGGCCUAUACGGUUUCAUGGCAAUCAUUGGACAGGUUAUCAACGUUUUCUUCGUGGCUGACCAUUGGACUCGACGAACUACUGUCGUAACUGGAAACUAUAUGCUUGCCUUGCUUCUUGCCAUAUUGGCCGCAUUGUCGAAAUACUAUGGUGAAGGAUCCGACAAUCCGGCUGGCGCACGUGCUGGCGUCGCGUUUAUCUUCAUGUUUUCCUUCGCCUACUCCUUCUACUUCAACAGUGUCAACUGGGUCCUAGUGGCAGAAAUCUUUCCUCUCGACCUCCGUGGGGCCGGCGUUGGCUUUGCCGUCUUCACCCAAUCUAUCACGGCAAUCUGGCUGUCGUUUGCGGCAUCCAUCGCCUUUGAUUCCAUUGCUUGGAAGUUCUACUUCGUCUUCAUCGCUUGUAAUGUCUUCGCCGGAACAAUUUACUACUUCUUCCUUCCUGAGACACGACUUCUGUCUCUAGAGGAGGUCGCGGCCAAGUUUGGCGACGAGGUUGUCGUUCCUCCAACAGCUAAGGAGUUGGGGCUGGAGACAUCAGCGCAGAGCCCCGCCGACCCUGACAAGAUCGACAUAUCACCGGACCAUGUUGAGGUCUCGCGGAAGUGA